CAUACUCUGUGAUCCAAAGCCAGUCCCAAGGCAGCUCAGAUUCAACAGGAAGGUGUUGAAUUAUCCGUCUAGACAUAGUUACAUGAGCAUACAAAACCAGAGGAAUGGUUGGAGGCCCUCUCUGGAGACUAUCAGCCAGAGAGGGCAUAACACAGAAAGGAAGUUUGUUCUGAAAUGUGAGCGAUAAGGAAGACUUCACCAGAGAGAAUAAAAGAAAGAAGACUGAGAUCGAAGUUAACAAUAAAGAAAUGAAACAGCAUACAGCAUUUAUAUAGAAGUUUUGUGAGAUGUAUGCUGAAGUGUGCCUAAAGUCUGAGAUUUGCUUCAAAAGCCGUCUGCAAAGCAGUAAAGGCAAGAUGAUCAAUGGACUGGCAAAAAGAAAAAUAACAUGUGAAUUCAAGAGCGCUUUACAAAUGCUCUGCAUUUCAACUUCAUCAAAGAUUAAAUUGAUGAUGGGCUAGUAUGGAAAUCUAAAUAAAAGUGAUUUGAUUACAUCUAUAAGAAAAUAUGUUCAAAUCCCCAUGGACUGACUUAUAAAGGCGCUUUCGUGGAUAUAACCUAAUGAAUGAAGUACUCCUUAAGCCCUGACAACUACCCUAAAGAUGGAAUUAUGAAUAUGGCAACUUUUCUACGGGGCUUUGAAGAAAGGGGAAUAAAGAACGACAGGCCUGAGGACCAAUUGAAUAAAGAGAAAAAGAAAAUUCUGUUCUCCUUCUGUGAGGUGUGCAACAUCCAGCUAAACUCUGCAGCCCAGGCCCAGGUUCAUUACAAUGGCAAAUCCCAUCGCAAACGAGUAAAGCAGUUGAGUGAUGGGCAGCCUCCACCCCCAACUCAGGGCUCAGGGCUGCUGCUAGCCAGCCCCAGCUCCAACACUAAUGCAGGUAGUACAUGCCACACUACUACCCUCCCUGCUCUGGUGCGCACACCUACCCUGAUGAUGCAGCCUUCACUGGAUAUUAAACCAUUCAUGUCUUUUCCAAUGGACAGUAAUUCCGCUGUUGGGCUCUUUCCAAAUUUUAACACAAUGGAUCCUGUGCAAAAAGCAGUCAUUAACCACACAUUUGGAGUGUCCAUUCCCCCAAAGAAGAAACAAGUUAUUUCUUGUAAUGUCUGUCAGCUCCGAUUUAACUCGGAUAGCCAGGCCGAGGCCCACUACAAAGGAAGUAAACAUGCCAAGAAGGUCAAAGCACUAGAGGCAACGAAAAAUAAACCCAAAAUGGUUUCUUCCAAGGACAGCGCAAAGGCUAAUCCCAGCUGCUCCAUCACUCCAAUCACAGGCAACAGCUCUGACAAAUCAGAAGAUAAAGGGAAGUUAAAAGUGAACAGUUCCAGUCAGCCAUCCAGCUCUGAAGGUGGCUCAUUUCUCCUCAAAUCUGGCACAGCACCCCUGGCACCUGGAGCUGCCACUUCUCCCUCCAAGAGCACAAAUGGAGCUCCUGGUACUGUUUCUGAAUCAGAAGAAGAAAAAGCCAAAAAAUUACUUUAUUGUUCACUAUGCAAAGUGGCUGUGAACUCCCUGUCACAGCUAGAAGCACACAAUACAGGAUCUAAACACAAGACUAUGGUUGAAGCUCGUAAUGGAGCUGGUCCAAUUAAAUCCUAUCCUCGACCUGGCUCAAGGUUAAAGAUGCAGAAUGGCAGUAAGGGUUCAGGACUACAGAAUAAAACAUUUCAUUGUGAAAUCUGUGAUGUUCAUGUUAACUCAGAAAUUCAACUCAAACAGCACAUUUCUAGUCGAAGGCAUAAGGAUCGUGUUGCAGGGAAACCAUUGAAGCCGAAAUACAGCCCUUACAACAAACUCCAGCGGAGCCCAAGCAUUUUAGCAGCAAAACUUGCAUUCCAGAAGGAUAUGAUGAAGCCUUUGACCCCCGCCUUCCUGUCCUCGCCCCUGGCGGCGGCAGCGGCCGUAACCUCGGCACUGUCACUGCCACCUCGGCCGUCAGCCUCGCUCUUCCAGGCUCCAGCUAUACCUCCAGCGCUCCUGAGACCUGGCCACGGGCCCAUCCGCGCCACGCCUGCCUCCAUCCUCUUCGCUCCAUACUGAGGGCUGCAAGCCCUUCCGCCCCCCGCCCCAUCCCUGCGAUGUUGAGGCCAGUAGCAAAACAGAGAAGGAAAGCCACGAGGAUACAGCAAUUGAAGCAUUUUGUGUUGCAGUGCUCCCACCCAGUCAUAAAAUGCAGCAGACUACUCGAGCCCUGACUCCAAAGAGUAACAAAUCACUAGUUCAUGAGUGCUUUUAGAGACCGCUCCUGUCAUUUAGGAAUCUGAGCAGCAAGGCUUUAUCUCCUUAUCCCCUUUCUUACAUCCCCCCUCCCCCAAUCAAUUCGUGCAUCUGAGAUAUUUGGUUUCUUGCAAAUGUAUUGGUCAGAAAAAAAAAAUUAUAUAUAUAUAUAUCAUUCUCUGACUAUUUUUCCAUGGGUGUGAUUUGGCUUAGAAACAAUAUGGAAUAUUUUCCUGACAGACUUGAAAACUAGGGUCUUCCUCACACGUCUGUACAUAACUCUGGAAUCCAACUGGGCACAUUCAAGUGUGGAACAAAAAUAGAUGAACACAAGUGCUUACUUGUGGCUACCAUCUUCCCGACGAUCGCAACGUCUUCUUUUUGGUGUACUUUGUUGACAGGGAUUGUGUACUGUUUUAGACCCAAGUACUGUUGUAUCCUGUGUAGUUCUAGAUCUGUAUCUCUUGUCUGAAUUAAACAUUUUUAGUUGCUGUGUAAACGUUAGGAAGCAAAGUAGCUUUGAAUUUUCUCUUUAAGAGAACAAAAGAUAAAGUAAUGUGUUUCCUUUAUUUUACAUUUUAUUUGGUGAUAUUUAAACAAAAUAGAAAGCCAUAUAACAUAGCUAUAAUUACUAUCUGUUUGCUAUUUUUGUUUAACUUAUUUGGUAGCUUCCUCACUGGUUUGAGUUGCUAAGCAAAUGUGUACACACAGAAAAAGAGCUUCCUAAAUUGCACAUUUUUGCACCUCUAGUGCAUUCUGCAAGAAGACAAUGAAUCUAUGUAUUUCUACGUAAUUAUCUUUUUCAUUUUUAACCUGUUUUCAUUUGUAAUGAUGCUACAUAACUUUGUGGCUCCCUGAUGCAAUAAUGUACAGAAGAUAAAAAAUUUAUAAUUGAACAAUCUGUCUUUCUGUUCACUGAAUAUGUUGCAGGUCAUGCUCCCAUGCCCCCCUUUCUAAACUGAUAGCAACAAGACUGGAAUGUUUGUGAUAUCAGGGGCAAGAGGUAUCAUAAAACAACAAAAUAGGGUGAAUUCUUUUAGAGCAUCUAUAUCUGCAAUCUGUAAAUGGUAAAAUGUCUGUGUAUUUUUUUAAAUGUACCUUUUCAAUAAAAGU